AUGGCGGCUGCGCCUGCACCCGGGAUGGGUAUUGUUGGCAGACAUCUUGCAUACAUCCUGGAUUCCAUACUUAGGGCGCGCCCAGUCAGAAAACGACACCCGGGGAAACGCCCGAGCAGCGACGACAAAAACCGUACGUUGCUUCACGUUCUGUCAUUUAAAUCUGAAGACCGGGGACAAGAACACAUAACGAUCUCGAUGACUCUACGCAAGUUCCUCGUCACGUUCUGUUUGUGGCUGGCAGUCGUCCAGAUCCACGGCGCCACACUGAAGGUAUCUGAGUCGUGUAAAGAUGCCCCUGAUUCCUGCCCUGUCAACUCCAUCUGUCAGGCGGUUGGAUGUCUCGACAAACUGUGCGUCUGUCAAAACGAAACCCUCGCUAGUGCGGACAAGACCAAGUGUUUCCGAGUGGUGAGCUUGGGCGAGCCUUGUACAGAGGUCGGGCUCACGUGCACAAAACGCGCGGAGUGUUCCACAGACGGUCUGUGCGUCUGCAAGUCCGGAUUUAUCAAGUCAGACGAUGGAGAGCGGUGCAAAGAACAAUCGUUCAUUCCUGGUGAGAAAUAUUCCUUGCUUGGGGAGUCGUGCGAUGACGUCAAUUUGUUCUGCGAGGACGCACGGAAACAGGAAUGCUUCAGUGGAACGUGUCAGUGUAAAUCCAGCCAAAGACAGGUUACUGAGAUCGAGUUCUUCAGCCUACCUAGCUUCACAGAGUGUGUUCCGAACGAUUUCUUACUAGGAACCGAAGUACAAGCCGAUGACUGUUUAGACAGUGUUGUUGCUCUGGGCGAGAAGUGCUACUCUAACAGCAACUGUCCGGGGAAUGCCGAGUGUGCCCGAGUGGGCUGCGACAGGAAGUGUAAAUGUAAGAACGGGACCAUCACGUCUGAUAACUUCCAGAGUUGUCUUGCAGUGCGUGUACUGGGUGAAACCUGCGACCCCGCGUCCGAAUGUGGAACAAAAUAUUCAUACUGUAAACCGGAAGAAGGCGGAGUAUGCACGUGCGAUCCGAGCCACUUACCACGAGCGGACGGCAAAAUGUGCAAGCGACGUCCCUUUCCCUGCCCGACUUGCGUGAAGGAGUGGGCCACACUGGGGGAGGCGUGUGGGGGGUCGGGAGUGGAGUGCGAUGAUGACCUUAUCUGUAACGGGACAUGUCAAUGUAAGGAAGGUUUCCGCGUUGCUACGUUACUAGAACGCAAGGCGUUCUUCCUGCGUGGAUACUGCAUCCGGAAUGAAAUGAAAAUAGAAUAUUCAGAGGAUGAAAUAACAGAAAAUUGUGUGACAUCAGCAGCACAAAGCAGUACCAUGGAGACCGCAACAACAGCAAUAGCAGUAACUGAAUCAACAUCUGAUUCAGCGACAGAAUCAACAUCUGAUUCAGCAACGGUAUCAACAUCUGAUUCAGCAACGGUGCCAACAUCUGAUUCAGCAACAGAAUCAACAUCUGAUUCAGCGACAGAAUCAACAUCUGAUUCAGCAACUGUGCCAACAUCUGAUUCAGCAACAGAAUCAACAUCUGAUUCAGCAACGGAAUCAACAUCUGAUUCAGCAAUGGAAUCAACAUCUGAUUCAGCAACGGUAUCAACAUCUGAUUCAGCGACAGAAUCAACAUCUGAUUCAGCGACGGUAUCAACAUCUGAUUCAACGACGGAACCAACAUCUGAUUCAGCGACGGAACCAACAUCUGAUUCAGCGACGGAACCAACAUCUGAUUCAGCAACGGAAUCAACAUCUGGUUCAGCGACGGAAUCAACAUCUGGUUCAGCGACGGAAUCAACAUCUGAUUCAGCGACGGAAUCAACAUCUGAUUCAGCAACGGUAUCUACAUCUGAUUCAGCAACAGAAUCAACAUCUGAUUCAGCAACAGUAUCAACAUCUGAUUCAGCAAUGGAAUCAACAUCUGAUUCAGUGACGGAAUCAACAUCAGAUUCAGCGACGGAAUCAACAUCUGGUUCAGCGACAGAAUCAACAUCUGGUUCAGCAACAGAAUCAACAUCUGAUUCAGCAACGGUAUCUACAUCUGAUUCAGCAACGGAAUCAACAUCUGAUUCAGCAACAGAAUCAACAUCUGAUUCAGCAACAGUAUCAACAUCUGAUUCAGCAACGGUAUCAACAUCUGAUUCAGCAACGGUAUCAACAUCUGAUUCAGCAAUGGAAUCAACAUCUGAUUCACCAACAGUAUCAACAUCUGAUUCAGCGACAGAAUCAACAUCUGAUUCAUCAACGGUAUCAACAUCUGAUUCAGCAACGGUAUCAACAUCUGAUUCAGUGACAGAAUCAACAUCUGAUUCAGCGACAGAGUCAACAUCUGAUUCAGCGACAGAGUCAACAACAUCUGAGUCAACAACAUCAGGGACAUCGGAAUCAGCGACAUCAGAAACAACAAGUGGCUCUACAGCGUCAACAACAACGACCAGUGCGGUGACGGAGACAACAACGGAAACGAUAACAACUACGACCACGCCAGCUCCUGUGAAUCUAGACCGUAACUGCACCAAUGACGAUUCAUGCCCAGAUAACUCUAUCUGUGGACUUUUAAACUGUAGGCGGCGCUGUGUCUGCAAACAGGGCUACACAGAGGCAAACCAGAACUCCGCUUGCAUUAAAGAGGAUGGGAAAACCUGUGUAAUUGCUAAAGUAGGUGACGUCUGCAACGACACAACCAUCUGUCCCAUGGACUCGACGUGUAUGAGUGUUGAUGGAACUUGCGGUAGACGAUGCUGGUGCAAUUCAGGAUUUGCUCCUUACAGCUCCACCACACUGGAGAAAUGCGUGCGAGUGGUUGAACUUGGCCAGUCAUGUACUAUUGGUCAGAACCGUUGCGGUGGGUAUGGCGUGGUGUGUCUGAGUGGAACGUGUCAGUGUCGGAGCGGACAGAUACCAAGUGUCAACAACUUCGGCUGUAAACCGAAACCCAACCGAUACUACAGCCUCGCACAGCUCGGGGAACCAUGUAACAAUUCUAUACGAAAGUUCUGCUUCGACAAGGCCAACCAGCAAUGUGUCGGUGGAUUCUGUGUUUGUAAAUCUGGCAAGAGGAACGCCACUCUAGUGGAUAUUAAAGCCCAGUACACUAACCUAGCACAGUGUCGCGAUGAGAAUCAACGAGAAGGAUAUAUUCCGACAGUGACGUGUACACAAGGCGUCAUUCCAUUGGUUGCUGACCCACCAGACUUCUCAGACCAAGUUGGAGGGUCAGGUCUUCUAGUGUUUGUUUACGUGGCGGUUCCAACAGUUGUCGUUAUAGCUGCAGUCCUGGCCACUCUACUCACUGUAGUACGUAGAAGGAAGCGGCAUCAGCAACUUGACAACACUUCUGAUAAUUCCUCGGUGAUGAGUGAAUCUGAAACUGGUUUCCACAUUCCCCGACCAGAUGUGUCUGGUAUGGGACUGUUCAGAGGUGACAAGAACUGGACGAAAUCCGAAACCAGUUUCACCAAUCCAUCAUUUGUGGCGCCAUCGAACAAAUAAAACAGUGACAGGCUAUCGACGUGAUGAACAAACUGUUGAUCCAAUAGAAACUAGGAAAACAUAAUAAUGAGUCGAGAAUUAUAAGGUUCUAUGUGCACAAAACCUCAUUUUGAGAAAUCGCCACUUGGAGUUUGGAGCUGCCAUAUCCGAGUCAUAGAGAGGUCUUUGCAAUAGUUUUAAAUUAACAACAAUGUCUUAAAAUAUCAUAUUCUAGUACGGUUUAUAAUGUAGAUAAUUUAAUUUUCUAUCAAAUACAUGUACGGUUGGACUGCUCGUGCUCUCUUGCCAGUGCAGGCGGUCCCUCCUUCACCCACCCCAACCCUUUCCUGUCCUGGACGGAGGAACCGGCUGAUGCCAGUAGAUGUGCCCAGGACAGCCAUGCACUACAACAGCUUGCUCUGAAUGUGCACGUUAAACAAUUUCCCAUUCCAAAUAAGAUGGAUAAUUCAUUGUUUUGGAAAAAUUACAGAUAGAACCUUGUAAUUCUUAUUAUCUAGGCUGCCACUAAAUAAUGGAGAUCUGUUUUAAAGUGACAUAAAACUAAUUUCUUAA